AUGAGUGAUGAUAUUAUAUUGGAUGGAAAAAAUGCAAAUGAUGAAAAAUCGUCUGGACCUGGAAAGGUUUGUUAUAAUAAUAGUAAUAAUUUAUUGUUUUUCUUAUCUCUAUUUUAGCUUGAAUCAAUGUCUAGAGAAGAUUUAAUUAAACUAU